AUGGCCGAAAAUAAUAAUCUCGAUUCAUUUAUCAGAUAUUCCGAUAAAUAUCUCAGAAAUUUUGAUAAAAAAUUGAAAACAUUAGCAGAAGAUAAUAACAAUAUAGAAGAAGUAAAGUUUCGAGAUUCUGUCUCAACAACUCUUCAAGAAUUUCGGAAGGAAAUAGAAGCAAUACGUGAUUCGAAAACAAAGUCUAUUGAUAGGCAGCAAUCGUGGGCACAUAGUUCUUCAUUCGUGAAAUCGGCGAAAUGA